AUGAGCUCUACCAGCCAAGAGGCAGUCAAAGAGCCUCCGCAAAGCCCAGAAGCCCUCGUCGUGGAGGAGUUGCCGCCUGUUAACGAAGCCAAGUUACUUCGCAAGAUCGACCUCCAUGUGCUGCCCAUGCUGUUUCUCGUCUACUUCGUCGCCUUCCUGGACCGGGUCAACAUCAGCAAUGCGCUCACCAUGAGCAUGCCCAAGGAGCUGGGCCUUACCGGCCAGCAGCCCAACAUCGCCCUGACCGUCUUCUUCGUGCCCUAUGUCCUCUUCGAGAUCCCGUCGAACAUUGCCAUGAAGAGGUUCAAUCCGCAUGUCUGGCUGUCCCUCUCGAUUACGGCGUUUGGCAUUGUCAUGCUGUGCCAGGGCUUUGUCCAGAACUACAGCGGUCUCAUCGCGACGCGUUUCUUCCUCGGCCUGGCGGAAGCAGGUAUCUUCCCCGGCAGUUUCUAUCUAAUCAGCUUCUGGUACAAGCAUGAAGAGGCGCAGCAGCGAUUUACCCUCUACUGGUCGUCCGUCAUCAUCGCCGGUGCCUUUGGCGGCUUGCUCGCCACGGCGAUCGCCAACAUGGAUGGCAUUCGCGGGCUCAGCAACUGGCGAUGGAUCUUCAUCAUUGAAGGCAUCCUGACCAUCGUGGUCGGCAUCAUUUCUUUCUGGGGGCUGGCUGACUUCCCGCGCGAGGCGAAGUGGUUGACCGAGGAGGAGAGGAGAUUCGUCGUGGCCAAGACACGAACCGACGAAUCCCACAAGGUCUCCGUCACCUUCCGGGAUGUCGUGAACUACUUCAAGGACCCCAAGAACUAUGUUGUUGCUAUCAUGUACUUUUCCAUUGUCGUUCCUGUGUACGCCCUGGCGUACUUCCUGCCCACGAUCGUGCAGACUCUGCAUUACUCGGUCGUGCAAACCCAGCUGCACUCGGUGCCUCCUUUUGCCGCCGCCCUCGGCCUGUGUCUCAUCAUGGCGUACAUGUCGGACAAGACGCGCGUCCGGCUGCCGUACAUUCUCUUCGGCGACGCGCUGAUGAUCGCCGGGCUCGCCAUCCUGGUCAGCAUCCACGGCAAGGAGCACUUCUCGACCGAAUACGCGGGCAUCUGCCUCGUCACGAUGGGGUCUUUGGGCGCUGGCGCCAGUGUCGUGUGCUGGUACCUGAUGAACCUGAAGGGCCACGUGGAGCGCAGUAUCGGCUCGGCCUGGAUGAUCAGCUUUGGCAACACGGGCGGUAUCGUGGCGACGUUCACGUUCCUGAAGCAGGAUGCGCCGUACUACCGGACGGGGUACUGGGUCCUGAUCGGCGUCAGCAUCGCUGGAGUCGUGUCCGCUCUCCUGUACGCGGCGCUGGUGCAGAAGGAGAGGCGCGAGGCGGCGAAGAAUGGCAACGAGAAGGCGCACAUGCUGUCCCUGUAA